AUGGCGGCCUUCCCGGGAGCGUCAGCACCGGUGGUGGGGGAGAACAUGACGGAUAUCGUGCGAGCUGAUGGGCAUGUAUGGCUCAAGUACGGGCAGAAGAACAUACACAACACCUCCAUCAUACGGUGCUACUACAAGUGCUAUUCCUCCAAGAACAAGCCUGCCUGCCGAGCGAAGAAGACUGUCGACUACGACCGCCGCCUCCCCAUCUUAUCCGCCACCACCCUAACCAACUACACAAACCGCUCUCACAACCACCCGACUCCUCUGAUCUCCCAGGGCUCCUGUCCUUCCAACGCUGCAGAUUCGAGCUCCGUCGCGCAGGAAUGCUCCCCCAACGCCGAGUUGUGCGCUGCGAAAUCGAGCUCCUGUAACCCUAGUACUGCCGUGGUUGCCAACCACAACUCGCUCGCUUCCCCACCAAACAGUGCAGGAACCCGCCCUGAACCGUCCGCACUUGCAAGCAGCGCUCCCUCCAGAGGGGAGCUCCCCCGGGGAGGAUCCGCCAGCUCCGGAGGCGUGGUUUCCUCCUCAGUUGAAGCCAGCUCCGCUCGGCCUGACUCGCUGUCGGAUGCUGGUGCCGAGACGAUUGUGGCAAAUCUCUUGCCACAAAGCUUUGCAUUCAGUGGCAGCAGCGAGUCAGCUGCUCUGGCGCCGUCACCUGCGAUCUCGUCUCUGUUCGACUCCUGCGAAUCGCUGUCAACUGAAUCCGGGAAUCUGAGCCACUUUUUCGCCGAAAAUCACUCUCUGGGCGGGCGCUGGCCAUGUGCCCAGAAGAGGGUCCGUCUGACGCCCUCUAACGAGGCAACAUCUACUGAGGACGUGUGCUACUCAGCAGGCUACCACAGCCGCCCCAGCAGUAGGGUUUUUGAGGCACUGUCUGCUGAUCUGGGUCAGACGUUUCACCCUGAGCCGUGCAGCCCUCCCACAGCUGAUGCUGCUGCAGAUGACGUUUCAUUUGGCCUUCCCCUCACAGGCAUUUCAUUCGAGGAUGGCCUUGCAGCGGCGAGUCCAGAAGAAGCAAGACCACGAGGGCUGGCGCAUGCAGACAUUUCUUUCGAGGAUUUCCUCUCUGAAUUGUCUCCAACUGAAUUGUGUUCCGAUGAUUUCUGGUCUGAGGAGCCACCUUGGCUGGAAGCAGCGGAUGUGAGUCCUUCGUGGGGAGCAUCGGGCAGGUCAGAUGGCAGUUCUUCUGAUGAUAGCCAAGAGCCCCACCGGAUUCACUUGAAGCGCAGUGCUUCAGCCAUGGUGACUGGUACCACUGAGGCGGGAAUUCUCGAUGGAAACAACACCGGGCAUGCUUGUGUGCCCUGGCCCAUGCCAAAAUCAAAUAGUGCGCACAGUGUGUUCAGCUUUCUGGGUGGGGGUGACACCUUGAGCGUUUCUGACUUGAUGAAGCACCUGUAG